UUUCUAUUACUGCUGCUUUUGUUUUAAGUGAAAAUCAAUUUUGUGUUAGUUUUUUAGUUUUUAAUUAAUAAAACUUAUUAUUUUCUAAUUUAAAUUAUCCAAAUAAUGUGUACCAAGUGUAUGUGAAUAAAUUUAUGCAGAAAAAGUGCGAAAAAGAUUUUUAAAAUCAAAAACUAUGUCUAAACAACGCCAUCGGUGCCUUAAACUGAUGCUGUUAUUUAAAGUGCUGCUGUGUAUUUUACCCCUGAUAGCAGCUCAACAAGAUUUCUACCAACAGAAUCAAUAUUCAACACCCACCUCGAACUAUGACUCCUUUAACGCGAACAACAACAAUAACAAUGAUGCCUACAAUCAAAAUGUCAACUUAAAUAAUCUGGACAACAAUGAUCGUACACGUUACCGCACCGACAACAACAAUUUCAAUGAUCUUAAUCAAGAAUUUGGUAAACGUCCUGCCGCCGGUACGUAUGGCGAUGAAGAGCCCUCUUUGUCGCGCGGCAAAACCUCCUACAAUGUAAAGACACAAUUUUUGGAAUACUAUCACUCGAAAGAGCCGACAUAUUUUAUAGUAGCUUCACGUAUGGUACGUCCCGGUCUUAUAUAUCAAGUAGCUGUUAAUAUUUUGCAGUCGCAGUAUCGUACCACUGUGCAUGCCAGUAUAUCUUGUGAUGGUGUGCAGAUUAGUGGCGAAUCGAAGGAUGUUAAAGAGGGUGUACCAGAGACACUACUAAUGCGUAUUCCGCCCACUAGUGUUGGUGGUGAGUACAAACUGCGUGUCGAAGGUUUCUAUCAAAAUGUUUUCGGUGGUUUGGCUUUUCUCAACGAGACCCGUUUGGAUUUCUCACAACGUUCCAUGACCAUUUUCAUACAAACGGAUAAACCUCUGUAUAUGCAGGGCGAAACAGUACGUUUUCGUACCAUACCAAUUACCACGGAAUUAAAGGGUUUCGAUAAUGCUGUCGAUGUUUAUAUGCUGGAUCCAAAUCGUCACAUUGUUAGACGUUGGUUAUCAAGACAAUCGAAUUUAGGUUCCGUCUCACUUGAAUACACACUCUCCGAUCAACCCACAUUCGGCGAAUGGACCAUACGUGUUAUUGCCCAGGGACAACAGGAAGAGAGUCAUUUCUCGGUUGAAGAAUAUUAUCAGACACGUUUUGAGGUCAAUGUCACAAUGCCAGCAUACUUUUUCAAUUCGGAUCCCUUCAUAUACGGCCGCGUAAUGGCAAACUUUACAAGCGGUGCCCCAGUCAAGGGUAAUCUAACACUUAAAGCCACCAUAAGACCAAUCGGCUAUUUUAGCAAUCAAGCUCUUAAUGAGAAAUUCCGUUUGGGCAGAUCACCUUCAGAACUGGCCGCUAUUUACGAGCAACAAAGACGUCAUGGUUCUAACUAUAAUCCAAAUUAUAACAACCAAAUAAAUCCAGAUCAAUCACAACAGCCCCAAUUGCAACAGGAUCAAUUGUUUAAUACAAAUCAGUUUGUUGUCGAGAGACACUAUCAAUUCGAUGAAGAAUGGCCAUUCUGGGUGAGUAAACCCGAUGCAUCGGAAACCUACGAUCCUUGGUCUAGAGAAUACAAAAAGACCUUGCCCUAUUUAAGAUAUUUUAAUGGUACAUUCGAUUUCAAAUGGCCCAUCAGAGAAAUGGAGCAAUUGGUAGAUAAAUUAGACAAUAUGGAAGUAUUGAUUACGGCCACGGUGGGUGAGAAAUUCUACGAUGAAGUGAUAUCGGGCUAUGCCAUUGCCAGAGUAUACAACUCUAGUAUAAAAGUUAAUUUCUUGGGUGAUUCUCCACAGGUGUUUAAGCCCGCUAUGCCUUUUACCACAUACCUGGCUGUUGAGUAUCAUGAUGGUUCUCCCAUCGAUGAAAAUUUACUGAAGCAGGGUUUAAUGGAGGUAAAUGGUUUUGUCGAAAGUAAAUCUGGUGGCAGACGCGAUUGGCCUUUGAAACGUUUAAAUAUGUUGCCUCAAUCACCGGGUAUCUGGGAAGUUAAAAUUGAUUUGAGGCACGAUUUGCAACUAGACGAUCGCGCUCAAUCUAGAGAUUUUCUUAAUGGUGUGUCACAAAUGCGUUUACAGGCUCAAUUUAUAGACUCAAGAGGACAACGGGCACAAACAGAAUUGCUUUUAGUUGGUCAUUAUUCACCCAGAAAUCAGCACAUUAAAGUAACCACCAGUACGGAAAAACCAGUGGUAGGAGAAUACAUUAUUUUCCACAUACGUACAAAUUUCUUCUUGGAAGAAUUCCACUACUUGAUCAUGUCGAAAGGAGUUAUACUAAUGAACGAUCGCGAAACCAUUACCGAGGGCAUUAAAACUAUUGCCGUGGUGCUAAGUGCUGAAAUGGCUCCGGUGGCCACAAUCGUGGUAUGGAAAAUAACCCAACAAGGACAAAUUGUAGCCGAUUCAUUAACGUUCCCCGUGAAUGGCAUUUCACGCAACAAUUUUACCGUUUACAUUAACAAUCGCAAAGCUAGAACUGGUGAAAAGGUGGAGGUGGCUAUAUUUGGUGAACCUGGUUCAUAUGUGGGUCUGUCGGGCAUCGAUUCGGCGUUUUAUACCAUGCAAGCUGGCAAUGAAUUGACUUAUGCCAAAAUUAUAACGAAAAUGUCUUCAUUCGAUGAGCAAACCAAUGGCACUUACAAGCAUAUCUGGUAUUCUCAUGCCGGCAACCCCGACGACUUGGUUUAUUUCCCGGCCUCUUCAUUUGGCAUUGAUGCUAAUCGCACCUUUGAAUACAGUGGCCUAGUGGUCUUCACCGAUGGUUAUGUUCCAAGACGUUCCGAUAACUGCAAUGCUACCAUGGGCUUUGGUGAGUGUUUGUCGGGCAGAUGCUAUCGUUUGGAAACGAAAUGUAAUGGUAGUCCUGACUGUGAUGAUGGCACAGAUGAAAUUGGUUGUCGCGUUCGCAAUGAUACCGAACUGGAGAAUUAUCGCAAAUAUCGCUUCAAUCGUGUGCUACGUCACUACGAACAUGUUUGGUUGUGGCGUGAUGUUAAUAUAGGACCCCAUGGUAGAUAUAUGUUUAAUGUUGAGGUACCCGAUAGACCAGCCUACUGGAUGGUUAGUGCCUUUAGUGUAAGUCCUUCGAAAGGUUUUGGCAUGCUUAACAAAGCCAUCGAAUAUGUGGGAGUACAGCCGUUCUUUAUUAAUGUGGAAAUGCCCACCGAUUGUAGACAGGGAGAACAAGUGGGCAUAAGGGUAACCGUUUUCAAUUACAUGACUACACCCAUCGAAGCAACAGUGGUCUUACAUGCUAGCCCGGAUUACAAAUUCGUGCAUGUGGAAGAAAACGGCAUAGUAAGAUCGUAUAAUCCACAUACUUCCUUUGGAGAACAGCAAUUCUUUAUUUAUUUGGACGCUCAAGGUUCUACGGUCGUAUACGUGCCUGUGGUACCCCAACGUUUAGGAGACAUUGAUGUUACUUUACAUGUGGCUACUCUCUUGGGAACCGAUGAAAUAACCCGACGUUUACACGUUGAAUCGGAUGGUUUGCCUCAAUACCGCCAUCAAUCGAUAUUAUUGGAUCUCUCCAAUCGUGCCUACGUUUUUGAAUACAUGCACGUUAAUAUUACCCAAACCCCUGAAAUUCCCUAUCAAGUGGAUCGUUACUUUGUGUAUGGUUCUAAUAAGGCUCGAAUUUCCGUAGUGGGUGACGUUGUCGGACCCAUAUUCCCCACCAUGCCCGUAAAUGCCACCUCAUUGCUGUAUUUGCCCAUGGAUUCUGCUGAACAAAAUGCAUUCUCCUUUGCUGCCAACAUGUAUACUUUACUCUACAUGCGUCAUAUUAAUCAGCGUAACAAGACUUUGGAAAAGCAGGCCUUCUAUCACAUGAACAUUGGCUACCAGCGUCAACUUAGUUUUAUGAAACAAGAUGGUUCGUUUUCCCUCUUCCGUUCAGACUGGAACAAUUCGGCCUCUUCUGUCUGGCUGACAGCCUACUGUGUACGUAUCUUCCAAGAAGCCUCCUUCUAUGAAUGGGAAAAUUUCAUUUACAUUGACUCCACCAUCAUAGAGAAGAAUAUACGCUGGUUGCUGCAACAUCAAACGCCAGAAGGUGGUUUCUAUGAGGUAACCUGGUUGCCCGAUCGUAAAAUGAACAGAACCAAUUUCGCCAAUCACACACUACAAAAUCGUAAUGUAACAUUAACUUCCCAUGUGCUCAUAACAUUGGCCACCGUCAAAGAUCUAUCCGGUUCGCUGGGGGCUCGAGUAGCUUUAGCCCAACAAAGGGCUAUAACUUGGAUUGAACGUAAUAUGCAAUUCCUGCAGGACACAUCUGAACCUUACGAUGUGGCCAUUACCGCCUAUGCUCUGCUGCUGUGUAAAUCUCCCAUGGCCGAACAUGUUUUCAGCAUACUGCGCACGCAUGCACGGAUUGUGGGCGACUAUAUGUACUGGGGCAACGUUGAACUACCGCCACCGCCGAAAAAACUGGAAAAUCAAAAAUGGUUUUCACUGCCGCGUCUGCCCUACGAAUUUGAUUCGAUGAAUAUUGAAACGACAGCUUAUGCUCUAAUGGUGUAUGUAUCGCGUCGUGAAUUUUCCGUAGAUCCCAUAGCUCGUUGGCUGAAUGCUCAACGUUUGAAUGAUGGUGGUUGGGCCUCCACACAAGAUACCAGUGCUGCGCUACGUGCUCUAGUCGAAUACACGGUACACUCGCGUAUUCGUGAAGUCUCUUCGUUGACUGUGGAAAUUGAGGCAUCGUCACAGGGUGGUAGACCACGAACGCUGCAUAUAGAUGACACCAAUUUGGCGCAAUUGCAAUAUAUUGAUAUUCCUGAUGCCUGGGGUACUGUAAAAGUACAAGCCAAGGGUACCGGUUAUGCAAUUUUACAAAUGCAUGUACAAUACAACGUCGACAUUGAGAAAUUCCAGACAAAACCACCAGUACCAGCUUUUAAUUUGAUUGCCAAAGGCAAUUUCCAUGGCAGAAAUCAGUCUCAUAUCUCAUACUUAGCAUGUCAACAUUGGAUAAAUCAACAGGAGUCUGAACGUUCGGGCAUGGCCAUAUUAGAUGUAACCAUACCAACGGGUUACUGGAUACAACAACAGAAAUUAGAUUCAUAUGUUUUAAGUAAUCGUGUGCGAAAUUUGCGAAGAGCUAAAUAUAUGAAUAAUAAAGUUAUUUUCUAUUUUGAUUAUUUGGAUCAAGAAGAUGUGUGUGUUAAUUUCACUAUAGAACGUUGGUAUCCCGUGGCUAAUAUGUCUAGAUAUUUACCCAUACGUGUGUAUGAUUAUUAUGCUCCAGAACGUUUUAAUGAGACAAUAUUUGAUGCUUUGCCAACAUAUCUGCUCAAUAUAUGCGAAGUAUGUGGCAGUUCUCAGUGUCCAUACUGUUCGAUUUACAAUAUGGGCUGGCGUGCCUCCAUGUCCGUAUCGCUGUUAGUCUUUAGUGUGUUCAUAUUCUUAAUGCGUAGUCGUACCCAUGUAGUUCUCAAUAUGCUGCAUCUAAUGGGAGUUUAGCUCUCUCUAUAACGUACUUGACUUAGAGCUAGAGCUAUCAGCCAGUAGUAGAUGAAGUGUAUUAUUUUUUUAAGUAAGUAAAAGUCAGCAAUGUAAUAAAACGAAAGCCCUUAAGAAAAGAAAAAAA